CUGCAGAGAAGGCGGGCCAGGAAGGAGGUGCUGCGUUCUGAUUGGUUGCCAUGCGGGAGCAUUGCCGGCUACGCCCCGGCCCCGAUUGGUUACCGAGAGGGGGCGGCUUGAGAGGCGGUGGCAGCGGCGUGGGGAGCCAUGGGUCAGACCGCCAAGGUUUUACAGCUCUUCAGAACACUGCACAGGACAAGACAACAAGUUUUUAAAAAUGAUAAGAGAGCACUAGAAGCCAGAGUAAAGAUAAAUGAAGAAUUCAAAAAACAUAAAAGUGAGGCCGCUCCAGAGAAAAUAGAAGAGAUGUUGAAAAUGGGUUCUGAUGUUGAACUGUUACUCAGAACAUCUGUUAUUCAAGGUAUUCACACUGACCACAACACACUGAAACUGGUCCCCAGGAAAGAUCUUCUCACAGAAAAUGUGCCGUACUGUGAUACACCACCUCAGAAGCGGUAAAGCUUCCAGGACAAAACCCGUCUCUGCCCCCUCUGACUUUAAAUAUAUACCUGGCAAAAGUCCUGGGCAUGGGGAUGUUUCUCUCUGAAGCAGCGUGUUGCAAGCGAGCAACAGGCCGAGGGCUGCAGAGUACUGCAGGGUUCUGAGGACAUAGAUGUGCCCUCCCUUCUCACUGGCGACUGAAUGCCUGGGGAAGUGGCACAUACUUCUCUUUCCCUUUGGUGGGUGUUUUGGUCUUACCAAAGCUAUUUGCCAAUGAAACACUUUACCAAGUUGAUGACUUUUCAUCCCACAGGAAACACAACUGCUAAAUACAAAAUGCUGCCAAAUUAAAUUGAUGUUUAAUUUACAAAAUAUUAACUUGGUAAAAAAAAUUAACAUUUUUUUCUGCCAGCUCUGUAGUGAAACAUAGCCAUUGUUUCUCAAAGUCCUGUGGUUAUUUUUUCAGAUAACAAAUAAUUAUGUGGCUUAUUUCUCUGUUCUUAUGAAGACAUUUUUCCCUGGCCUGUGUAAAUGUCUAAGCACCAUGAGUGUGCAGAGUCUGCAGAGGUCUUGACAGGGUGUUGGAUCCCCUGGGACUGGAGUGGUAGACAGUCCUGAGCUGCCAUGUAGGUGCUAGGAAUUGAACCUGGGUCCUCUGAAAGAACAACAAGUGCUCUUAACCACUGAGCUAUCUCUCCAGACCCUAUAAAGACAUUUUAAACAGUCUUCAGAAGAUAGAUCGAUGAAAUGUCAACAUCACUUUGGUCACUAUAGAAUAAAGACAUCCAACAUUUUUAGGAAGUUGUGGCCCUCUCUCAGACUACCCAAUUAGCUAUAUUUGGGUCAGCUGGAUGUUAUUGUGAAAUGCUGUACAUGGCUAUAUUCUCUCUUUUUUUUUUUGACAUAGGAUCUCACUGUGAAAUUCUAGCCUUGAACUCAGAGAUCUAUCUGCCUCUACUUCCGCAGUGCUUUACAUAAUUUGAUUCUGAUUAUUGCCAAAUAAAUAAUAAUAAUUGUACUUUAUUAAAGUUAAGAAACAUUUUCACUGGACUGUGGUGUUGUGCACCUUUAAGUCCAACACUCAGGAUGCAGAGGCAGGUGGAUCUCUGUAAGUUUGAGGUCAGCCUGGUCUGCAGAGCAAGUUCCAGGGCUAUAUAGAGAAACCCUGUCUCGAAAAACAACAGAAAAACAUUAGUGAAAAAUUAUAGUUUAGAUAAUAUCUGUAUCAUAUAUAUGAUAAUUCUUAUUAUAUAAAGAAUGUGUGUUAGCGGGGUGGUGGUAGCACAUACCUUUAAUCCCAGCACUCAGAUGGCAGAGGCAGAGAAGAAGGAUCUCUUUAAGUUUGAGGCCAGCUUGAUCUAAAGAGCUAGUUUCAGGAUAGCCAGGCAAACCCUCUGUCUAUGUCUGUCUGUCUAUAUGUAUACACACACAUGUGUAUGUUAGUAGGUAUGUAAAAAGAUUUAUCAGAUUAUAAGAACUGAGUAUAGGAAAGCAAGCAGGGACUGAGAUGGCACAGAGGUGAAGAACUCUUGCUGCUCUUCCCUUGGACCUGAGUUCCUCUUGCCUUCACCUCCCCAGCCUGCAUGUUGCGAUUAGAAGCGUGCGCCCUUGUGCCUGCUUUAAGAGAAAAUCAGCUGCUGAUGAUGGAGGUGUACUUGGGGGGCGUCUUAAGCUUUUGGCCACACACGGCCUUAUAUAGCAUUUUCCCACUUUUAUUUUUGCAACAGAAAAGUAAAAAGGCUCAGUUCCCAGGAAAAUGGCUUUGAGAUGGGGUUGCCUGCGGGAGGUUUAAAUCAGAGCUCUUGGGAGGGGAUGGAGACAGAUGCAGCAGGGCCUGGGGCUGAAAUGGCCUUCAGAAUCUGGUCACGCUAAGGCAAAAAGACUGGGACUCUGUGUCCUGGCACAGAGGCCUGGCCCAGCAGGAGAGAGGCAGAAAGGGAGAAGGCUCCUGAAGGCAUCUGGGUACUGCACAAGCGACACAAACUGCCCUUGCCAUCAUUGCCUCAGAUUGCAAGAGGCAGCUGAGCGUUCCUCUUAGGGCAUUGAGUCCAUUAGAUGAGAAGCUGUGCACAAGCUGAGUUCCAAGUGAAUUAACACACCAUUCAGUCAUUCAUUCAUCCAAUAUUUUUCUAAUUCGAAUUACAUGGGGAAAUGUUCACUACAGGGUGGACAGGACACUGGACUCUAGUCAUGAUUAUGUCACCAAAAAUGAUGUGUCUGAGGAAAUCAUGGAUGUGUCUUCUGGUUGUGUUGCCUAGCAUGCAUGAAGGCAUGAAUCCUACCCCCAGCACUUAAAAAAAAUUCUGGACUAGAUGCUAUACUAGUUAGAAUUUAUUAUUAUUAUUAUUAUUUAUUUGACUUUUCAAGACAAAAAGGACAGUGACACUAACUGUUCUCCUGGAAUUAACCUAUCAGGCAGGACUCGUUCAGCAUUUCCAGAGGGGAAAUGGUGAAUAUUUUUGUUGUUGUUUAUUUUUUGUUUUUUUCUAGACAGAGUUCCACUGUGUAGCCCUGGCUGUCCUGGAGCUAUCCCUGUAGACCAGGCUGGCCUCAAACUCACAGAGAUCAGCCUGCCUCUGCCUCCAGAGUGCUGGGAUUAGACGUGUGUGCCACCAAUGCCCUACAAAAUGGUGAGUUUAAACCAAUGGGGAAGACAUGCUUCUCCUGGCUCCUCAUUGUUUAUGGCUUAGACCAGUUACUGAUAUGCACUAUGAACAGCACAAACUCUUCGACGACAAAGAGCGGGUGACAUUGAAGUUCAUGCUACUUCCAGUCCUUGGUGCACGCUUUCUUUAUCUCACAUGCCAGGGCCCAAAUGUAAUGUUUCAGAAAUGCCUCGGUUUAGCCAUAGAAUUCUAGGAGCUCAGUUAUCCUAUUGUCUUUUAGAUGUUGGCUGGUUACCUCCGGAUGGCCUGGCCACAGUGGAGAAUGACUCCAAGUUUGUAUAACAAAAGACCUAGGCCCUGGGUGGACCCGCACUCAUCCUGAGGGCUAGUGAGAUGUGCCUGGGCUAGUGGGAUGUGCAGUUUUAGGACUGUCUCUGGGAUUAAAGGACACAUUUGAUAUCAGCUCUAUACAUGAUAAUAGAAGUCUUCUGCCAGUACCACCGGUUUUGGAAAGCUAUUUAAGAGGAUGCUUAAAUAAACUGUGGUCUCCAGUAUUGAUGGAGAGCUCUCCUGAAAUGA